UCUGUUUUGUUCUGUUCUGUUCAGAGAGGAACGGAAAAAUCAUUUUUACGUCAAUUUUUACUAUAUCAUUUUAAACUUUGUUCAGUGCUUGCUCAGUAAAGGUUAGAUGCACUUUGGAAAAGAUUUGGAAGUGAUACUUUAAAACAUGCAGCAAUGAGUGCAGCAGCUCACUUUAAAACUGCUUUUCUUUUAGCUUCACACUUUAAGGAGGUGCUAUGAUUUAAUGUAUUUUGAAGCAGCUCUUCCAAAUAUGCAUUCACCUAGUUUUUCUUGUAUUAGUGGAUGGAAAUUGCUGUAAAUGAGGGGACCUGGUCCUCAUCCUACUUCCCUUGCCUUGCAGUCUGAGACUAGUUCUGCUUGGGCUUCCUGCUUCUCUCUGCUUCGUGGCCUUCGUUUAAAAGUAGCUCUGAGAGGCAGUAGCUACCGCCUGUGCGGUUUGCACUGCUCACCCAAGAGCUGUAAGUUCCGGUUCAGACAGCAGCACUGCAGCAUGUGCAGGAGGCAAAGCAACACUUCUUCAUUUGCACAGCAUUUUGCAAGACAGAGAACCUUCUCUAUUCCUUUGUUUUCGUUUGAAUGCUUUUCAAAGAGAGGUCGGUGUCACAGAGUUAGUGGCCUUGAGUCAGGUUGUCUUGCAAAAUCAUGUAAAAACAGCAAAAGAUCAAGCAGGAUCUGUCCCAUUCUCACCAGGGGCUCUUGGGAAGAAGCAGCACUGAUUCCCUAGGGAUCCUUGCUCAGGUCUCGGCAAGAUGAAAGGGUGAAAGGUCCGACAGGAGGCCAAACAAGAGAACCAUGGAGAUUGCUUUUUAAAGGCCCAAUUUCUUAGCCUAUUGAAAAUCAGACUGGAACCCUAGUUACUUCUGUGCAAGUUUUCAUGGUAGAUGCUAGAAUGGAAUGCCCUGAAUGCUCCAGUAGCUCAGACUUGAUGGAUAUGCCCUCUGAAAACAGAACAAAGGAAGUGAACUCUGACCCUGGAGAGUGCUUGAAACAGACUUGGGAUCUGCUUGCAUUUUCUGAAACUUGCCAGGUUGAAAAUGCUAUUACCCCUCCUUUGUGUCUUGUACAGGAUAGAUUGGAGGGUGUUCACUGCAGAACUGAAACACCCUCUGAAAAAUCCAUUCCAGUGUUAAUGCAGAAUAAUUUUGAAGUAUUACACCCUGAACUGGGCCACCCUGUUUCAGAAAGCUUGGACUUCUCUGAGAGAUUUGGACAGCCUCUUGAACUGAUAAACAACUUGAAAACUCAGGAUAAAUGUAAUAGUGAUGCUACCCAAUCUGUUUUUUGGGCUGGUAUUCUACAAGCUCAGAUGUGUGUCUUAGAUCUUCAAGAGGAGUUAGAUAAGCAGAAAGAAUAUCCGCAGACUCACAGUGUGAAUUCUAAAAACAUACCGGUGACAGUCAUGUCCCUGGACACAGCUACCAUCAAUGAACAUUUACUCCUGGAAAGCGAUAGUGGAGAGGAGCCAGAAGAGAAUUUAGAGAGACAGGAGGAGGAAGAAAGUGAGAAGGAGGAGGAGGAGGAGGUUGAAUAUUUAUUUUUCAAUAAUCCACUCUUUCAGGAAAGUCCUCAUUUAACCAGAACUUUUGAAGGACAAAUUCCGUGGACACAAUCAGAAAGGGAAACUUCCAUUGAGAAUUACAAGAAAAAUCUUAAAAGUGAUGUGGACUCUGGAAACCAUAAUGGUGACUUGUUUUCCCAGGCCACUGUAGCAAUAAGCCCUGUGGCCAGGAAUUAUUUUUCUGUAUGUGAUCCAGAUGCUAAUGAGGACACAUCCACCUGUUCUUUUCCAAGUUAUGUGCCCCAUUAUCGUUCCUUGUCUCCACUGAUAAUCACAGAAAGAGAUCUUGAAACGUGCUUUUUGGAAGAGAAUUCAAAGGCUGAGGGCUGUUUUCUGGAUCCAUUCCAAGGAGAUGUUAUGGAAAGCAUUACUUCAGAUGCAGACCAGCCUGCUUAUUUGCCAGCAGAAGGCCUGUUGUUUUCUGCCUCCAGCACUUUGAUGUCUGCUUUGCUGCAAGAGUCCACGGAGAGCUGUCCCCCUCCUAAGCCUACAUCUCCAGGGAAGAGUUGCUGCGUUCCCUCCAGCUUCCAGGUCCUCUCAGGUCCUGCUGCAGAACAGAAUCUGCAGCAAGAGAGGUUUGAGCCACAAGUAUCAUUCCAUGGCCACCCUUCAUCUUCCUGCACAUGGUUAGAGGAGCCUGAAAGAACUUCCUCUCUACAGAAAGACGUCACCAGAGCAGAUGUGCACUCCGUCCCACUUUGUGGUAUAGAGCGGAAGCUGGUGAGCUCAGUAGAAAGACUCAAGAUGGUGGAGCUGCCAGCUAUGCCAAGCGAUGGGAGGUCAAAAGACAGAGAGGAAGAGACAAUGUUAUACUGCCGUGAAGAACUUGGAGGGGAGUUCAGCAGAACGGGGGAGAGUCUGCCUGCCAAGGUCACAGCAGAACCGAAUGGCACCCUGCUCCUUGCAAACAGUACCUCUGGAGACCUGGCCGCAGCACAAAGGCUGGCAGCUCGCCUCUACCAUCUGGACGGGUUCAAAAAGUCUCAGGUGGCUGCUUUUCUCCACAAGAACAAUACCUUCAGCCAGAUGGUCGCUGAGGCCUACCUUUCCUUCUUCCACUUCUCUGCGCAAACUCUGGAUCAAGCCCUAAGGUCUUUCCUGAAGUCCUUUGUGCUCACUGGGGAGACUCAGGAGCGGGAGCGGAUCCUGAUGCAUUUCUCUCGGCGCUACCACUGUUGCAAUCCUGAGGCCUCUCUUAGUCCAGAUGCUGUGCAUACACUCACCUGUGCCAUGAUGCUCCUCAAUACUGAUUUGCAUGGGCAGAAUAUUGGCCGAAGCAUGAGCUGUCAGGACUUCGUUGUGAAUCUCACAGCCUUAAAUGAUGGCAAGGACUUCCCCAAAGAACUGCUAAAGGCAUUGUAUAACUCCAUCCGUCAUGAGAAACUGGAAUGGGCUACGGAUGAGGAAGAGACAAUUGAUGCAAAGAUACCCCUGAGACCUGCAAACACCCAAAGGAAAACCAAUCCUUUUCUGACUGUGUGGCAGGACCCCGGGGCAAAAAUGUACCAGCAGGGUCUCCUUGCUCGAAAGGUGCACGCAGAGGCUGAUGGCAAGAAAACUCCCUGGGGUAAGCGAGGCUGGAAGACCUUCCAUGCUGUGCUGAAGGGGACAGUGCUGUACUUCCUCAAGGAUGAGCAGCAUUUGGAGGUGUCAGGCUCAGAAGAACUCAUUGGAAUACCUCAUGCCCUGGCAGAAAAAGCCUGCAAAUACACCAAGCGGCCACAUGUCUUCCGGCUCCAGACUGCAGACGGGCACGUGUUCCUUUUCCAAGCCCCAACUUCUGAAGAAAUGAUUUCAUGGAUUUCUCGCAUCAACCUUGUGGCAGCCAUGUUCUCUGCCCAACCCUUCCCUGCAGCAGUGGGCUCCCAAAAGAAAUUUAUAAGACCUAUUUUGCCAACUACUCCCUCCAAGAAUUGCAUAGAAGACCAGCACCUGAUCCACGAAGCCUGUAUGGACAGGACAGCCCACGAACUGCUGGAGCUCCAGCGGAAUCUGCCAGAGAAGCGUGGCCGUGGGAGGGACCUGGAGGAGUACCAGCUCAGAAAGGAGUACUUGCUCUUUGAGAAACGCCGCUAUGAGACAUACGUGAAGCUCCUGGAGGUGAAACUUGGCUGCAGCACAGAUAAUCUGGACCAGUGGGAAGCCCGGCUGACAGCAGUGGUUGAGAACUGCCCCAGUUUGCAGAAGUCCCACUCCAGCCCAUCCCUGAACAUGGAUGGGCCUCCUGUUGGCGGGGCCAGAGUGAAGCGGAACAUCUCUGAACGCAGGACCGUUCGCAGAAUCAUCCCGAAGCGCAACAAACACUUGUUAUGAGCAGCUCUCCUGGCCUCUCUGGGGUUGUCCUUGGAUGAAGGGGGAGAAUUGGCAGAGAGCUGUUUGCUCAAGCCAAGUGAUUAGCUGGGCGCCAUGUUAGGUCUGCAUCAUGGUAAACUCAGCCCCAAGAUUGUGGCCUAGAGGCCCUUUUGGCCUUCUCUAGGUUCCAGCUCUAGAAAUGCUUUUGGGAAAUGCUGUUCAGCUCCUCUGCGGGACUCAACUUCCCUCCCCUUCAAAAUCCUCUCUCUGGCUACUCAGGGAAAAGGGAGGUCUGUGUGCAAUAAAACAAAGAGAAGGGUGAGGACCCAGCUCUCUUUUCUGGA